AUGUGGUCAAAGGGGAGUACCAAGGAAACACCUCUCUCCUCUGAUGGAGAUCUCAAUGGCGAUGUUCUUAUUGGUGAUGAUUUUAGUGGUGGUGUUUAUAUUAGCGAUAUUCCUAUUGGCGAUACCCAUAUUGGUAAUAUCCUUCGUGGUGAUGCUUCUAUCGUUGGUACGCUUAGUGGCGAUGAUGCCGUUAACAAUCCAGGUGGCGAUACUUCGGGUGUUCUUGAUGCUGAUGAUGACGACGCUGGUGCUACUGCUAAUGAUCGUGGUCAGACAACAACAUUUGAGCCUCUGCCAGAAUCAUACAAGAUGCGCGCUGAAGAUGUCGACCUUGGUUCUGGCCAAUUUUUGAGGCGAAAGAUCACUUUGAAAGACAAGAAAACAACAGAAGAAGGAAACAAGGUUCAAGAAAUUGAGCAACAAUUGUCGAAAUCUAGUGUGUUGAGAGCCAAAGAGGCAGAGGAUGUCAUGUCAAAUCCUGCUGCACACAAAAGCAAUGGCCAAGCAUUGCGAGCGUUCUACCACUCAAAGAAGCAGAGUACUCUCUCUAACAAGGUAGAGCGUAUCGAUAGACGUUUCCGUUCUCGUUUUGCUUCGCGUGAAAGAUUCUUUUGUGCUAGUGUUCGAUCCCAAACGUUACUUGCAAUGCUCAUUGGAGAUCGUGGUCUUUGUAUCGGCUCUCGUUUGAAGGGUCAUAUGAAGUAUAGUGGAAAAUGGAAACCUCUCUUACAUUCAUCUGUCGCCACUGUGCAUACUACCGACGAACACAAGACAUCCCAGACGUGCAUGUACUGCUUUGGUCCCAACUUUUAUCACACACAAACCACCAAAGCAAAGGAUGGUAAGACCAAGACGAGGUCCAUUCGUGAUGCAUUCAUGUGCUUAAAUCCUGCCUGUAUAUCUGUUCUCAAUCACAGAGCUAUUCAAGGUAGAGACAAGACAUCUGUUUUGGCCAUCGCUGUUUCUGGGCUUUCCACUCUCUUAUUCAAGCAGCCAUUGUCUGUAUCCAAUCCAAAACCCCAGUCAAUCUAA